GGCCGCGUAUUCGCCCAAGUUCAGAAAGUGCUAGUUGAUACCAGGAUACGAAAUAGUCUAUGAGAUACCUGUAGCUUCACCUAAUCGGAAAACUAUGCAGGAAGGACAAGAGGAAAAAUUACCAGGUGCAGUGAUGAGCUACGAUCGCAAAAAAAAGAAUGCUGGUCAAAGCAUGGAUUUCCGCACACUAAGUAUAAAGUGCUUACAGCUAUUUCCAGUUGCCUUGAAACAUUCAUCAUAUACUUAUAAUCGCCAUACAGGAGGCCUUGGUUCACAAGAAAUGAAAAUGGUUUAGUGGUGGAAAUCAAAGAUGGAAGAUAUAGUGCAAAUUUUUGUCGGCAAUUUUAUACAUUGUACGGAGCGACUCAAAUUACAGGUGGUAGAAAAUGGGUUCAUUAUUGUGAAAGGAAGAAAGAUUGUGGCAACAGGCAAAAAGGCAGACUUGAACAGCACAAAGGCUAGACUGGAUUUGAAAGAUGGAGCAGAUGAAAAGAUACUUACAGGUUCCCAGAUCUUGAUUCCUGGUUUUGUAGAUACACAUAUCCACGCUCCCCAGUAUCCCAAUUGUGGUCUGGGUUACGACAAACCCUUAUUAGAGUGGCUGGAAACAUAUACCUACAAAGUGGAGAAGAUAUACCGCGAUCAAGAAUUGUCAAGAAGAGUUUUCGACGCUGUGGUGAAAAACACGCUUGCCAAUGGUACGACCACCGCCUGCUACUUUGCAUCUCUAUUUAACAACAGCAGCAUGCUUCUGGUGGAUGCUGCCAUCAGACAUUCACAGAGGGCUCUCAUCGGCAAAAUAAACAUGACCACCCUAGCCCCAGAUGACUAUUUGGAAACGCCAGAAGAAUCCUUAGAAAAUACCAAAAUUUUCAUCGAAUAUGUGAAAUCCCAGAAGUCUGAUUUAGUAAAGCCAGUCAUCACCCCCAGAUUUGCACUGAGUGUUGACAUGGAUUUGAUGAAAAAACUAGGCGAUCUAGCUGCCUAUGAAGAUCUGCACAUUCAAACACAUAUUUCCGAGAAUAGUUCUGAAGUGGAUAUGGUCGUUUCCAAGUACAAUAUGUUGUAUGCCAAUGUUUAUGAUGAAGCUCAAUUAUUGACCUCCAAGACCAUUCUUGCACAUGGGGUAUAUUUGACCGAUGAAGAGAUUCAACUGAUUGCUCGAAGGGGAGCUUCAAUUUCCCACUGUCCCGAAUCCAAUACAUGCUUGAAAUCAGGUCUUUGCGAUGUAUAUAACCUACUGAAUCGAGGGGUCAUAGUUGGUCUUGGUACAGAUGUUUCAGGUGGACCAUUACCUUCCAUCCUGAGAGCCAUGAAAGCUGCUUUAGAUACAUCAAUUCAUAUAUCAUUCCAAUACAAGAAUUAUAUGCCCCUAACAUAUAAAGAUGUGUUUUAUCUUGCUACUCUAGGUGGAGCUGAAGCACUAUCUCUGCAUGACAAAAUCGGGAACUUCCAAGAAGGAAAAGAUUUUGAUGCACUUAUAAUAGACAUGGAUGCCAAGGAUAGUCCUGUUGACUUUUUACUAGAAUGCUCAGUGUUAGAAAUAUUCCAAAAAUUCAUCUAUACUGGUGAUGAUAGAAAUAUCAUUAAUGUAUUUGUUGCAGGAAAACAAGUUAAAUAAAAAUGUUGUUUAUAAUAUACAAAUGAUUUUUUUAUUAGAUCAUUGUUAAACCCUAACCUACUCAAACUUAAGCUUUGUUCAUUAUCAGUUUUGCACUACCAUAUAAAACAGUCCUUUGAGUACCAACAACAUCACAGCUGAAAUCUACCUUAAUUAUUUUUCUAUCUUCAACUAUUUUUACAAAAAUGCUUACAGUGUCACCCACCAAACAUUUACUAGGAAAGUUCAAGGUCUGUUGUACAACCAUGCUUCCUGGACCAGGAAGUUUGGUGCCUAUCACCCCUGAAACAAGGGAAUUCAAAAAGGCCCCAUGUACUAUCCCCACCUUUUCAUUUUCACUUGAAUGGAUAGGAUUUGUAUCUCCACUAAGUCUGGAGAAUGUAAUGAUAUCUUCCUCAGUAAUUCUUCUGGUAAUUAUUAUUUGGUCUCCUACUGCAUAGUUUCUCAUUUUUGGAACCACAUCAGAGAACUUUCUAACUGUCUCAGAAAUUCUCAUCAUGAUUUUUUGAAAUGAGUUUGGAGAAAUACCUUGCCCAAAUUUUUUAAACGUGGAUUUGGGCUUGCCUCAUACUGGAAUACUUUCUGCUCCAAUUCCUUAGGCACUUCAGUGCUCUUGGAUUCAAGUAUAUAAAACAAUGAAGUAAGGGCAUUCAAUGAGAUCUCUUCAUUUUUGUGCAGCAAAAAGUUGGAUAGCAGCUUCACUCCAUUCAGAGAAAUUAUGUACUCUUGACACUCUGG